AGUAUCCAAGGUAAAUAUCAAUAAUAUCCAAGGUAUAUUAACCCCUAUGAUUAAUCCGGUUAUUGACUAUUUUUGAAGAAAUAGUCAAUAACUAAAUUUUGACCAUUUGUUAUUAGUGUUGCAAGAGACAAAUCAUGAAAGAGCAUCCAAACCCUAUUUUCAAGAAAAUUAAGUAGCAUGAUCACUCAUUUCAAAGGCGACUUGGCCUUAGAUUUAAAUUUGGUCCAAAUAUAUGGAGUAGGGCAUCAAACAGACAUUGGUUUCAACAAGCUCAAAUCAUUGGACACACUCCCAUAUAUACCAAUUAUUAGAUGGGAAAUUUGUUGUAUUUUAUGAUUUAUUGUACACAGCUUUGGAUAUUGAAAAAUCGCAAUUGCAAGUUUUGAAAGAUUGUCUAGUUUGAGCAAGUUGGAGGAGCUUUACUUGGAUUAUAAUGACUUCAAUGAAAGCAUCUUGCCAUCCCUUGGCAAGAUUGCAUCGCUUAAGAAACUAUCUUUGAUAAACAAUAAGAUUAGUAGAAGGGUCCCAAUUAAUAAAGGUUUUAAAAUGAGUAAGCUAGAGGAGCUUCACUUGGAUGGUAAUAACAUCACAAACAUGAGAUUCAUUUGUAAGAUUCCAUCGCUCAAGAAAUUAUAUUUGAGAUAUGGUUAGUUGAAUGGGGGAAUUAAUAUCCAGGGUAAGUCCCAAAGUAAAGUUGAAUUACUUAUCAAUUUGCCACGUAACCUUGAUUAGAAGGAAGAUAAGUGCCACCUUAAUUUGUUGGCUUUUUGUGUACCCAUAAUAUUCUCUUGUUUUUCGGUGUACAUCAUAUGCUAUAAGAUGGAAGUGAUUUCUUAAUAAUUUCAAUGCACGUGGUAAUUAUCUAAAGCUCGUGUUAUGUUUUUUUAGAGCUUGGAAAAUUAAAGAACCUACAGGAGUUGUAUUUGGAUUAUUCAUCCAUCGAAAAAAGUUUCUUCAUAAAGUUGGAGCGAUAACUUCUCUUAAUGGAUUAUCAAUGAGCUUUUGUGAACUCAAUGGUAGCUUACCCAACGAAGGUUGGUGUGACCUCAAGAAUCUACAAGAGUUGGACCUUGGUUAUAAUCAUUUUGAAGGGAGAUUGCCUUCUUGUUUGGCAAACAUGACAUCACUUCGAGUAUUGAAUCUCGCAUCCAAUAACUUCAAUGGAAGCAUUUCUCACUCUCCCAUACCUAAUUUGCAGUCACUUGAGUACCUUUCUCUGUCAUAUAACCACUUCAACCCAUUCACAAUUUCCUCCUUUUUUUACUUUCUCGAAGAUUAAGAUAAUCUUGAGUAAGAACAACACACUUGUUGAUGAAACAGAGUCUCAAAGUUGGACUCCAUACUUUCAGUUGAAGGUUCUAUCGUUGCCAAGUAGCCUUGCUAGAAGACCCACCAGAACGAUUCCCAAAUUCCUUCAUUACCAAUAUAAGUUACAAGCACUUGAUCUCUCACACAAUAAUUUAGUGGGACAGUUUCCCACUUGGUUGCUAGAAAACAAUACAAGAUUGGAGAUUCUUGAUUUAAGGAAUAACACUUUCACCAACCCUUUCCAAGUACCCUAUUGUCCUAAUCCCCAUAUUCAAAAAAUUGAUAUUUCGAAUAAUGAUCUAGAAGGUCCGAUUCCGACAAACUUGGGUUUAGUUUUUCCCAAUUUAGUGCACUUAAACAUGUCUCAAAAUGCAUUUGUUGGCAUAAUUCCAUCUUCUUUAGCUAUUUUAAUAUCCUUGGCAACAUUGGACUUGUCUAGAAAUCAUCUGUCGGGAACAAUACCAGAUCAUUUGGCAAUGGGUUGCCUCAAUUUGGUAUAUCUCAAAUUGUCAAAUAAUAAUUUAAGUGUUCCCUUAUUUCCUGCCAAAAGUAAUCUAAUUUUCCUUUGGUAUUUAUAUUUGGACAAUAAUCAUUUCUCAGGAAAGAUCCCAUAUAGCUUAUCCAUUAGUGCUUCCUUGAUUGCUUUUGAUUUUAGUAACAACUCUUUGUCAGGCAUUCUUCCAAGAUGGAUUGGCAACAUGAUCAACUUGUUUGAAAUUGUUAUGGCCAAAAACCAACUUGAAGGUCCUAUUCCGAUUAAGCUAUGCAAAGUCAAAGGAAUUAUAUUUCUUGACCUUUCUGAGAAUAAUUUGUCUGACUUCAUACUAUCGUGCUUCAGUUCAUUGAACAUUGAACAUGUUCAUCUGGGAAAAAAUAGGCUAAGUGGUCCCAUUACAAGUGCAUUCAAGAAUAGCUCUGCUCUGGUAACAUUAGAUCUUAAUGAUAACCGCCUAACUGGUAACAUUCCAGAUUUUAUUGGCAGCCUCUCAUCAUUGAGCAUCCUCCUCUUGAAAGCUAAUCACUUACAAGGAGUGAUUCCAAUUCAAAUAUGCCUUCUUGGAAACUUAACCAUGCUGGAUAUUUCUAAUAAUAACUUUAUUGGUUCAAUACCUCAUUGCUUGAGUACCAUUAGUUUUGGGGCAACUGACCAAAAAUCCAAUCUAGGAGGUGGCACAUUUGGUUUUCACAAUGGAGCAUCGACAUUCUUGGAGACACUAAUGACGAUUGAAAAUGAGCUUGUUUUUCUCUCGAAUGUGGAUGCACAACAAGAAGUACAGUUCACAACAAAGAGAAGAACUUACCCCUAUACGGGUAAUAUCCUCAAUUAUAUGUCUGGAAUAGACCUCUCAUGCAAUUGUUUAUCAGGUGAAAUUCCACUCGAGCUUGGAAACUUGAGAAACAUUCGUGUGCUGAACUUGUUGCACAACAAUCUAACUGGAUCAAUCCCCACAACAUUCUCGAAACUAAAAGUAAUAGAGAGUUUGGAUCUCUCCCACAAUAAGUUGAAUGGCAGCAUACCCCCUCAACUUAUAGAGUUAAACUUUCUAGCUGUCUACAGUGUGGCUGACAAUGAUUUAUCAGGUCGAACCCCAGAAAGAAAAGGUCAAUUUGGAACCUUUGAUGAAAGCAGCUAUAAGGGGAAUCCUCUUCUGUAUGGACCUCCACUACCUAAUUCCAGGAACAAAACUGGAUUGCCAUCUAAUCAUAAGGGAGAAGAAAGUGGUGGUUUCAUAGACAUGGGUUUUUUCUGCAUAAGUUUUGGGGUGUCUUACACAACAAUGUUGCUGGGAAUUGUUGCAGUUCUGUAUAUAAAUCCUUAUUGGCGUCAGGUGUGGUUUAGCUUCGUUGAAGUGUGCAUCACCAAGUUUUUUUGUUUCUUUGUUUGUGAUUUCUCGUAAGUUGUCCUUUACUUUCUAAAUUAUGUAGCCUUGCAUAAUGAUAUUUGCAUAUGUCUAUAUGCUUGUUCUUGAUUUUCAAA